AAAGGUAUCGUACAGCCGUUUUGGCUGUGGGCUACUUUUGACCGAAACCUUGCAAUGCAAAGCAUUCAGACUGAUGAGGUCACUGGUGAUGUAUUGUCUUCUGUGAAAUUCUUUACCGGGGGUUUUCUUCUAUGGUCAUCUUGUGAAACAUCAUCAGAACUGUUAAAGAAAGGUGACAUCUCUACAAAGUUUCUGAUAUAACAUCUUAUAUUAUGGAAGCACAAAACCAAACAGAGACAUAUAAAGUGGUCACAAUAAAUGAUACUGAAAGUUGUCACAAAGAAGAUGGGAAGAAUGAGAAUGAAGAUCAGCCCAGUGCUUGUAAUGUAUGUGGGCAGGUUGAGUGUAACCUGUUGUUACACAUGAUGUGUUACAAGGGCGUGAAGCCUUUUAAGUGCAUGGAGUGUGAUGAAGCGUUUUCACUGUCUGGUGACCUUCAAGAACACAUAAGGUGCCAACAUGAGCCCAAACCAGAUGAAAGUAGUGAGUAUGAGGAAUCAUAUAUGUUAUCAGGUGGCAUGGAGACCAAUGUGGGUUCUCAUGUCGAUGUCAAGCCAUAUGAGUGUGGAGAAUGUGACAAAGCAUUUUCUGAAAGAAGUGAACUGCAGACACACAUGAUUUGUCAUGGUGAUGUCAAGCCGUAUGAGUGUAGAGAGUGUCAGGAAGUAUUCGAACUCCCAUGUGACCUGAAGGAUCACAUGAGUUGUCACGGAGAAGCCAAGCCAUAUGAGUGUGGUUUGUGUAGUAAAACAUUUGCAGAAUCAGCCUACCUGAAGAGACAUAUGAAGUGUCACACUGGAAUCAAGCCAUUUGAGUGUGGUGUGUGCAGCAAAAGAUUCACCCAAUCAAAUAACCUGCAAAGACACAUGUUGUUUCACAGUGGAGUCAAGCCAUAUGCAUGCACUAUAUGUGGUAGAGCCUUUGCUACAUCAGGAAACCUGCAGGUACACUUGAAGGUUCACAGCGGAGACAAGCCCUUCGAGUGUACAGAGUGUGGGAAAGCAUUCUCACGAUCACCUUACUUGAAAGUACACAUGAGGUGUCACAGUGGUGACAAGCCUUAUGAGUGCAAUGAAUGUGGGAAAACAUUUGCCCAGGCAAGUCAUCUGCAGUCCCACAGCAGAUGUCACACUGGCAUCAAGCCGUACCAAUGUGAUGUGUGUGAGAAAUCAUUUGUUACAUCAAGCCAUCUACAGAGACACAUGAGGAGUCACACAGGAGUCAAACCUUACGAAUGUACAGUUUGUGACAAGGCAUUCACAACAUCAAGUCACCUUCAUGCUCACAUGAGUUGUCACACCAAAGCCAAGCCCCAUCAGUGUACUGGUUGUUUCAAAAACUUUAAACGUCUAGGCGAUAUGCAGAAGCACAUGAGAAUUUAUUGUGAGGUCCUUGUUGACAUCUUUAAUAUGGAAACACAAAACCAAACAGAGACAAAUAAAUCGGUCACAACAGAUGACCCAGAAAGUAAUCACAAGGAAGAUGAAGGUGUAAACAAUGAGAAUGAAGAUCAGCCCAGUGCUUGUAAUGUAUGUGGGCAGGUUGAGUGUAACCUGUUGUUACACAUGAUGUGUUACAAGGGCGUGAAGCCUUUUAAGUGCAUGGAGUGUGAUGAAGCGUUUUCACUGUCUGGUGACCUUCAAGAACACAUAAGGUGCCAACAUGAGCCCAAACCAGAUGAAAGUAGUGAGUAUGAGGAAUCAUAUAUGUUAUCAGGUGGCAUGGAGACCAAUGUGGGUUCUCAUGUCGAUGUCAAGCCAUAUGAGUGUGGAGAAUGUGACAAAGCAUUUUCUGAAAGAAGUGAACUGCAGACACACAUGAUUUGUCAUGGUGAUAUCAAGCCAUAUGAGUGUAGAGAGUGUCAGGAAGUAUUCGAACUCCCAUGUGACUUGAAGGAUCACAUGAGUUGUCACGGAGAAGCCAAGCCAUAUGAGUGUGGUUUGUGUAGUAAAACAUUUGCAGAAUCAGCCUACCUGAAGAGACAUAUGAAGUGUCACACUGGAAUCAAGCCAUUUGAGUGUGGUGUGUGCAGCAAAAGAUUCACCCAAUCAAAUAACCUGCAAAGGCACAUGUUGUUUCACAGUGGAGUCAAGCCAUAUGCAUGCACUAUAUGUGGUAAAGCCUUUGCAACAUCAAGUAAUCUGCAGGUACAUUUGAAGUGUCACAGUGGAAUAAAGCCGUAUGAGUGUACAGAGUGCGGGAAAGCAUUCACACGAUCACCUUACUUGAAAGUUCACAUGAGGUGCCACAGUGGUGACAAGCCAUAUGAGUGCAAUGAAUGUGGGAAAACAUUUGCCCAGGCAAGUCAUCUGCAGUCCCACAGCAGAUGUCACACUGGUGUCAAGCCGUACCAAUGUGAUGUGUGUGAGAAAUCAUUUGUUACAUCAAGCCAUCUACAGAGACACAUGAGGAGUCACACAGGAGUCAAACCAUACGAAUGCACUGUUUGUGGAAAGGCAUUCACAACAUCAAGUCAACUGCAUGCACACAUGAGCUGUCACACCAAAGCUAAGCCCCAUCAGUGUACUGGUUGUUUCAAGAACUUUAAACGUCUAGGCGACAUGCAGAAGCACAUGAGAAUUUAUUGUGAGGUCCUUGUUGGCAAGACUGAAGUCUUAAUUCCUUAACUUGUGAUAAAUUGAACCUUCUCCGUGUUAUCAUGUUUUAGAUAUCUAACUGUACAUUUUGACUCUGAACAAUUGUGGGGGAUAUAAUUAGUUUGAACUAAAAAUUAUGGAAAGGAAAUGUUUGUAAUACACUAUGUAUACCUUGAAUAUGUACCUCAUUUCAUCACAAUCAUGUGAAACACCAAGAACAGAUUUACAGUCAAAACAAAUGUAAGCCAUAAGGUGAGCAUUUUCCUUUCUGGCUCGCAUGUGUAAUAUGUCAGGGCCUAGAUUUUUUAAGCUGUCUUAGCGCUAAGAUAGUUGUAAAUUAAUUUUAAUGUAUGGCACUUACGACUAUCUUAGAGCUAACAGAGCUUUGAAAAUCUAGGCCCAGUCCUGUAAUCCUAUUUUCGUGUUCAUGUUCUUUGUUACAAAUAUUAGAACAUAACUAUAAAACCUCUUACAAUUACCUCAUGUCCACUUGUAUAUUUAAAAAAAUGUUCCAUGAAAAAUCGCAACUGUAUUAUUCUGCUAGUAUGUCAUCUUGACAUUGUCAGUGUUUGCGACUGUUAUUUGUCCGUGUUCUUUGUGUCUGCUACACUGCAGUAUGCUGGUAUUUAUCUUCUACUGCACAGAUCUGUGUCACAUACCCAAUGUAGAGCUCGCGCAAACUAAUAUGGUCAUGUUGAUUCGAUUUGAAACAUUCAAAAUGCAGAUGUAAUAUAUACAUGUUCUCUUACAUAGGAAUGCUACCUUCAUCUGGUUUGUGUCCAUGUCAUGUGCUGGGAAUUUAUGCUAUCAAGAUGUGAUUUCAUUUCAAUUUGACAGUUGAAAUUUGUGGUAGUUUCUAGUAUGCUAGUAAAAAUCCUGUCCAACCUAUACAGAGUUAGUAGAUCGAUGGUGAUGAAAGUCUGUGUGAUGACAGCUUAAUAUGAUGAAGUUUGAGGGUUUGCUUUUAUGUGUACAUGCUGUUGUAAACUUUCUUUUCAUGAUUUACACAAUUUGUUAUUUUCAGAACAUUAUCUAUUUCUAUGAUAUUUGUUAUUUCUUUUGGACGUGGAUGACUGAAUCUUGUUUACAAUUUUGGCUUUCUUUUGAAUAUAUAGAAUUAUAAGUAUAUGUUAAUACUUGUAUAGUGUCAGGAUCUUGAUGAAUAAAUACUACUUUCUAAGUAAGAGUGUCUGAGUCGUAUUAUUUUACAAUGUUUAAGAAUGAAUAUUAUACAUCAUUAUUUGAUGAAAGUAUAGAAUAAACAACA